AUGAAUAUUCCCCAACAGCAGAAGUCACCGUUUAUGAAUGGAAAUGCAAAUCCUGAACUGAUAUAUAACAACCUGUUACGUGCAUACUCUUCACAGUCUCCCCAGAUAGAUGUGGAGAGAGAUAAAAAGAGGAUAGAUGUACUUCUUCAGAUUAAUACGAUAUUACUCCAGAAAUGCAUAAUGUUGCAGCUUUAUGUUUUGAACCGGCUGAACGUGAAUGCAUUAGAUUAUAAUCAGAAGAAAGAUAUGUACCAAAACUAUCUCAAACGUAUCCAUUUCAAUUUGACCUGCUUAGCCUCGAUCAAUGAUAUUCACUCAGCUCCUCAAAAUGCGGUAAAGAAGAACUAUGUCUUGCCACAGAUCGUGUUACCACCUCUUGAACUUUCUGAAUUAAACGAAUACUAUAGAGCGUUGGAUCAACUUUACCCAGAGGCUGUUCCUCUAUUUCAGAAGCGUGUCGAGCUACUGGGGCAGCAACAGAGAAUGAGGGCACAGGCCCAAGGGAUACAGGGCCAAGCUGCGUCACCUCAUUCAAAACCUCAAGUCCAGUCGCCAAAAUCCGCGCAAAACCUCAGCGGUGGCCAGUUCUCGCAGUCUCCUUCGCAACAAUAUUCUAUGCCUAAUGGACAAAAGCAUCAACAGGAUCAGCAAGAGCAGCAGCGUCAACAGUUUAAUGCCUUUGUACAGCACAACCCUUCUGUUCAAGUGCCAUCUCAGAAGCCCCAAAUGGCCCAACAGAUGCCACAGCAGCAGCAACAGCAGCCAGUUCAACAGCAGAUGCCACAACAGCAGCUGUCUCAACAGCAGAUGUCACAACAGCAAAUGUACCGGCAAUUUCUUCAGCAACAGCAGAAACAGCAGGCUACUAGGGCUCAGAAUAUCGGUCAGCAAACCAGCCCGUCAAUGAACGGUUCGCAGCAAGAGUUCUCAUCAUUCAAUGGAAGACCGGCGACAGGUACUCCCCAACCACCACAACAAUCAUUUCAGUUUCUCAAUGAGAACUACCCUAAUAGCAACGUAAGCAGUCAACAACGGCAGGACAAGCAGCAGAAUUUCAACAACAUGCAACAAUCCUCGGCACUAAAUGGUUCGGUGGGUAUUGACACCGGAUCUCCUGCCGUUAGCAAUGCGGGAGGCUCUGUAUUAAGUCCCGAACAGAUACUGGCACGGGCAAAUAGUAUCGGAACAGAGAGUAACGGCAACGGCGGUGCAAGUCUGGGGAACAUUUCAGGACUUCCAAGCGGAUUCUUUGACGGUUGGCAGUAG